CGCAGGAAAGAGACUCGCUGCAGCCGCUGAGGUGGGACGCGGGACCCGGAGUGGUGGCCGCAUUCUGGAAGCCGAGGAAAGGCCUGUGGUGCCUUUCGGUUUCUUUCUUUGGGAGAUGUAGACUUUGAAGACCUGUAAGAUUCUCCCUUGUACUCUUGUCUCUGUUGUGAAUAUCAAAGGUGGAGAGUUGCCAGGGAUCCUUCAUCUGAUAGAUGUUGUCUACCCCUCUGGAACACGUGUGUUUUGGCAGUCCUUCUGCGUCGCUGACAAAGGGGCUCAAGAAAGCUGAUCUUCUAAGGAAACGGGCCGUAUUGACAGAACUAACGGCUCACAGCAAUUUUUUUUUUUAGCCCCUUUUGCAAACCGAACUCUGGCCCAGCUGUGAUCCUUCUCUUCUGUAUCUUCUGGGCCGAGUGUUUAACACCCUGAUUAUUCUCGUUUGUUUUCCGAUGGCUCAGGCCAGCAUCGAGUAGGAACCCUUUAUAAGAUUUCUUUCCCGCAGUCGGCAAGAUGUCCACCACCAAAGUGCCAAUCUACCUGAAAAGGGGAAGCCGGAGAGGGAAAAAGGAGAAACUCCGAGAUAUCCUCUCUUCUGACAUGAUCAGCCCGCCCCUGGGUGACUUCCGGCAUACGAUCCACAUCGGGAAUGGCGGGGAGAAUGACAUGUUUGGUGACAUCUCUUUCCUGCAAGGGAAGUUCCACCUCCUGCCGAGGACGGAGAGCAGUCUGAGUUCAGGUGGGGCCGGCCACUAUGUUGUACCCUUCGAGUUCUCAAGGACUGCGACUGUCUCGGGUUAUGAUCCGCCGCCUCUGGACAUCCCAUCCCCUCUCCUAAAGAAUGCAAUCUCCCUGCCAGUCAUCGGUGGCCCGCAGGCGUUAACUUUGCCUUCUGCCCAAGCCCCGCCCAAACCACCUCGCCUCCACCUCGAUGACAAGGGCCAGCCAGCUCACCCGCCCAAGGACCCUGCAGAGAAUGCUGCCAACGGUACACGAACUGCGGAGACCCGUCGUGCCCCCAACGGCGAGUGCGUGGCCGCUCUGAAUGGCUUUGUCGAGGAAGAAAAGAAAGGGGAGCCUUUUAUGUCCAACGCUGGCUCCAUGCUCUCCCUGCACGUGGACUUGGGACCAUCCAUUUUGGACGACGUUCUCCAGGUGAUGGAAAAGCACCAAACCGGGACUGUGGGUGCUCGGUUGCGAGACACCAACAGGCAGCGGAUCCUGACGUGACAAGGAAGGACAUCCAUUGGAAAGGACUUGUUGUCCCCCCCACACACACACACCCGAACAGCAUUGUGUAGAGAAGAGUGUGUAUUGCUGUUAACUGGGCCACCUAAACUGGGUGGCUGUUGAGUGAGUGAGAACAUUGGGUGCACCUUCACUUAAUAGCAAAUCCCCAUGCCUCUCCUCCAGUGUGUCGAUAUUAAGGUUUGGGUGGCCCCCCAUGCUUGCUCCCCCUCUGCAGGACCC